UUUACAGCCCGUUCAUCUUCGCGGUUUCUGGCCAAGUACAAAUUCAUCACUUCCAAGAGAUACACCAACAUUCCAUCUUGUUCACCACAUUCCAAAACCAAUGUUCUGGCGCGUCCUUGCCGGGAAAGUCGAUCCCAUCAAGGGAGGAAUUUUGUCUUGUCUACACGAAUGAGACAUACCAUAUAACGCCUUCCAGCCCCUUGAAAGGAGCCUGGCAGAGGGAACUCAGCACGACAGCCGACACGCCUCCACCCACUCCAUUCAAUCGUUCAGCUGGCGAUUCAUGCGAAUCUGACCUUAUACACUCUUUGUCUUCGUGGAUAUCGACUUACCACUACCAACGAAAAAACGAAAAAAACGAGAAAAAAAAUAGAAAUAAAGAUGAAACUCCUGCCCACGCUGUUCUUGCUCACUCCCCUCGCCUUGUCCAUUCCCUUUGCACCGGUCCCGGCGCAGCCUCAUGAUGAUAGCCCGGAUGGAGUCGCCCAGCGCCCUCAAGGUGACGACCCAGGCGCAGCCCUGAAGAACUAUAUGCUGGAGAACUUCCCUACCAAAGCCAGCAGCUCCAAGUCCCGCGGCCAUACCGCGUCCACAACCACAGAGGCAGACCCAGCCAUCGCCACGGUGACUGCUACCGUGACAGUCGCCGCCACGACAGCCGCAGACCACGAUCCCACCCCCAAGACCACCAGUGUGUCCAAACCUACGGCGACGACCACGGUGACGGUCACUGCGACGGCGACCGCAGCUGCCGCAGACCACAAAUCCACCUCCACCUCCACCUCCACCAGCGUGUCUAAACCUACAGCAACAACCACGGUGACAGUGACAGCGACAGCAACCGCAACAGCAGCCGCCGCAACCUCAGACCCUAACCCAGACCCCGAACCCGAAGUCGAACCCGAAGUCGAACCCGAACCCAAGCCUACAACCACACCCAAACCCACCACCACCACAACCACAGUAACAAUCACAGUGCCAGCAACAGCAACAGCCGCAAACAACCCCACUCCUACCUCGGAUCCCCAAUCCAAACCCAGCAAAACCCGCAGCACCGGCGACAACGACGUCGACACGGACACGGACACGGACACCGACCCGGCAGACGACAGCGGCCUCAGCAACGCCCUCGGCCUCGUUCCCAACCCCAACGCCAACCAGAACCCAGAUAACAGUCAGACGUGCCCGACCAACCGACCCUCGAAGCAAUGCUGUCAGAGUAUCGAGAACGUUGCCGAUCAGGUGUUGCAGCCGUUGGGGCAGUUGGUACCGUAUCUUUCUGGGGUGGAUGUGUCGAGUUUGCUUGCAUUGGAGUGUGAGGGAAUGGCCGACUCUGAUCCCAACGCUGGUUGUUUCAGUUCCGUGAUGUGUUGUGAGGGGACGCCGGGGAAAACCGGUAAGCAGCAAACGCUGAAGACGGCGUGCGCGAACUGGGACCAGGCGCAGCAGGAUAAGGCGGAGGACGCGGCUGCGCAGCGCCUGGCCUCGGCGUCGGCCACGCCCGUUGCGUCGGCGGCGCCGGUGGCUACGCCGGCGAAGAGGCAGUUGCCUGCGCUGCCGUUGCCGGGGCUGGAGGAGUUGGGGAAGUUGUUGAGUGGAGAUGGGGUGGUAGGACAUCAGGGGAGUGUGCUGGGGCUGGGAGGGGCCCCUGCGGAGUAGAUCCAUCCACACUCCAGUGGAGUCGGG